GGUUACCAGAUCUGGGCCUGGAUCAAGCCAGUUCAAUUCAUUGAGCCUCCGUGAAGAGAAAAUAGAAAUUUUGCUUGUCUGCAUCUCUAGUGUGGGAGAAGGAUAAAACGAUUAUUGAGACGUGCUCUGUAAACGUUGCCCGUUACUAUCCACAUGUCUAAAUGAUGAGGCGAGAAAGGAAAAUGGACAGAAGAUGGAAAAAUUUCUUACAUGAAUGAAUAUUUUUCAGGAACACAUAACAAAGGAAGAUAUUGUAAAGUGGUGUCACAUGAUGGAAUGAUUCCCAGCCAUUCUGCAUCAUACAUGCAUGCCUGUUCCUGGAUGUUUCUCUGCUUAGUGACUUGGUGCUUCCAGCCUUAAGCCAUUGCAACUCCCUGAGCUCAAGAGAGGAUUAGACAGAUAUUACCCAGAGACAAAGACCACAGACAUUUCACAGGAUGUCUCUACCAGAGGUUUUGUCAGAGAAUCCUUAUAUCUACCCAUGCCUAACACAUACCUCUGAAGAUUCCAAACUUCCCUUCAAGAGAAUCAGCAUCACGCAUUGGAAAGAGCAGUAGGGUCUUGAGUCUGCAGGCUGGGACUUCAGCAACUGUACUUGCCCUAAUUGGAAGCCAUCCCCAAAAGAGAGCAAUUUAAGUAAGGGGAGAUUUGAGAAGAUUGAGAACUGUUAAAUGUGGGAGGAGGAACUAACAAUUUGCAAAACCAGAAACCAAAGCAAAAGUGAAUCGUACAAAUGACAUCAAAAAGGGAUAAGGCAGAUAUAUUUAAGUGAGCCAGUUUUAAAGAAGCGAAGCCUCUGGUAUGUCAGAACCAUGCUGUCUUCCAUGGGACUUCCUUUGUGAAGAGCAUCCAUUUAAAAGACUUUUAUGAAUACAUGGUUUCAAUCAAGUCCCCAGAGAACACAUUUGUCUUCUGAGCUGCUGGCAGUUUUGAGAAUCUGAUGACCUCCGAGGGGACCCUGCACUCAGCCAUCAAAGUGUUCCUGCCCCUCUGGACGCUCAUAAUUCAAUGGUAGAUGCAGGUGGAGUUGAGAACAUCACCCAGCUUCCCCAGGAGCUUCCUCAGAUGAUGGCUGCAGCAGCCGAUGGUUUGGGGAGUAUAGCGAUAGACACGACCCAGCUCAACAUGUCCGUGACAGAUCCCACAGCCUGGGCUACAGCCAUGAAUAACCUGGGCAUGGUUCCCGUAGGGUUGCCUGGACAGCAGCUCGUGUCUGACUCAAUCUGUGUCCCAGGCUUUGAUCCAAGCCUCAACAUGAUGACUGGAAUCACCCCCAUUAACCCAAUGAUACCAGGCCUUGGACUGGUACCUCCCCCACCACCAACAGAAGUGGCUGUUGUCAAAGAAAUAAUCCACUGCAAAAGCUGUACUCUUUUUCCUCAAAAUCCAAAUCUUCCACCUCCUUCCACAAGAGAACGACCUCCUGGUUGUAAGACCGUGUUUGUCGGAGGAUUACCAGAAAAUGCUACUGAGGAAAUUAUUCAAGAAGUCUUUGAACAGUGCGGUGAUAUUACAGCAAUUCGGAAAAGCAAGAAGAAUUUUUGUCACAUUCGCUUUGCAGAGGAAUUCAUGGUUGAUAAAGCCAUUUACCUUUCUGGUUAUAGGAUGCGAUUAGGGUCUAGCACCGACAAAAAGGAUUCAGGCCGCCUUCAUGUGGACUUUGCCCAGGCCAGGGAUGACUUCUAUGAGUGGGAAUGCAAGCAGAGGAUGCGUGCCCGGGAGGAGCGGCACCGGCGCAAGCUGGAGGAGGACCGGCUCAGGCCCCCAUCCCCGCCUGCCAUAAUGCACUACUCGGAGCACGAAGCCGCUCUGCUGGCUGAAAAGCUGAAAGAUGAUAGCAAGUUUUCAGAGGCUAUCACAGUGCUGCUUUCCUGGAUUGAACGAGGGGAAGUGAAUCGGCGCUCUGCAAACCAGUUCUAUUCCAUGGUGCAGUCGGCCAACAGCCACGUCCGCCGGCUAAUGAAUGAAAAAGCCACCCAUGAGCAAGAGAUGGAGGAAGCCAAGGAGAAUUUUAAAAAUGCCUUAACUGGGAUUCUCACUCAAUUUGAGCAGAUUGUGGCCGUUUUCAACGCUUCUACCAGACAAAAAGCUUGGGACCAUUUCUCGAAAGCCCAGCGCAAGAACAUAGACAUUUGGCGAAAGCAUUCUGAGGAGCUCCGGAAUGCUCAAAGUGAGCAGCUCAUGGGCAUCCGCCGCGAAGAAGAAAUGGAAAUGUCUGAUGAUGAGAACUGUGACAGCCCUACAAAGAAAAUGAGAGUCGAUGAAUCAGCCCUGGCUGCCCAGGCCUACGCUCUGAAAGAGGAGAAUGACAGUCUCCGCUGGCAGCUGGAUGCUUACAGGAAUGAGGUGGAGCUGCUGAAACAAGAAAAAGAACAGCUUUUCCGAACAGAAGAAAACCUCACCAAGGACCAGCAACUGCAGUUUCUGCAGCAAACCAUGCAAGGCAUGCAGCAGCAAUUGCUAACCAUCCAGGAGGAGUUAAACAACAAAAAGUCAGAAUUGGAACAAGCAAAGGAAGAGCAGUCCCAUACACAAGCGUUACUAAAAGUCCUGCAGGAACAAUUAAAAGGUACCAAGGAAUUGGUCGAGACCAAUGGCCACAGCCAUGAGGAUUCAAAUGAAAUCAAUGUGUUGACAGUUGCAUUAGUCAACCAAGACCGAGAGAACAAUAUUGAGAAAAGAAGCCAAGGCUUAAAAUCAGAGAAAGAAGCUCUGCUAAUAGGUAUCAUAUCAACGUUUCUUCACGUCCAUCCUUUUGGAGCCAACAUAGAAUAUCUUUGGUCAUACAUGCAGCAGCUGGACUCCAAGAUAUCUGCAAAUGAAAUAGAAAUGCUUUUGAUGAGGCUGCCACGCAUGUUCAAACAGGAAUUCACGGGUGUGGGAGCCACGCUGGAAAAAAGAUGGAAGUUGUGUGCCUUUGAAGGAAUUAAAACUACCUAACUGCGAAGAGCAAAGCAUCUCUGGAAAUGAAACCGUGUGAACCUGGCCAGGGCUGUGCGACGGGGGAGCAGGAGGUGUGGGGUUGGUCCAGCACGCAACCUUUGUGGAGCCAUCGAAGCCUGCCUUUAGUUAUAUCUGUGGCGUUCUCUUGUGAGUGGAAAUGUAAUUGUGUACCAGUUCCUUAAAAUAAACAAAGCUUCAUACUGUGACAGAUCUGUUUCCUAUGAAAACCAAACAAUGAUUCCACAGUCAUAAUGAUGGCAAAAUCUUAAAAUGUGCUACAUUUGAGAAUAGCUCACCAAGCAAAAUAUUUAAAGUUAAUGAUGGUGUAGCAAUGAUUGUUGCUAGGCUACAGAGUUGUAUAUGUAAUGUAUAGCUGAAAUCAUUAAAUGACAUUUUCCUGAAAGUCUUUCUGUUUUAGUAAAAAAAAAAAAAAAAAGAAAAAGAAAAAAAGAAAAAAGAAAAAAUUUUACAGUGAGGGAAAAGCAUACCAAAAGAAAACUUGAAUAUGUGUCUAAACAGUUAUUGUAUUUUGUAAAUUAAGUUAUAUGCUGUUCCAGGGACUUUUGCCUUAUUGAAGAGGCAGAAAAUAUGAUUGGACACAUUGAGAAUGCUUUAUCAAGAAUAUUAUUUUUCUAAUGUAACAAUUCUCCAUCAUAAGUUCUUUUAACAUGGACUGCAUAACAGUUUUCAUAAAGUGUAAAUAAAGGAAAAACUAGUGUUAUUGUCUUGUACUUGGUAUGUAACAUUCAGGUUUAUGCAUCAAAAUAAACAUUCAGUAAAUAUUCCUGUUACAAAUUUUAUAGCAAAGAUAUUAAUUUUUUUCAAUAAAUAUGACUUCUACCAUA